UGCCCUGUGUGUGAUCCCGCCCCUCUCUCAGCCCAGCUCAGCCCCUGUGCGUGCCUGCGCGUGCAUGUGUGUGUGUGCGCACGGUUUGUGAGGCUCAGAGUUGCGUGCGAAGAGACCGGCUUGUCAUUCAGAGGAAUCCGCCACCUGAAACGCGAGGAAGCGAAGGCGACGCAAUUGGGUAUAAAACAUGCACCACAUCUGCCCUCAGCUCUGCACACUGAUGAGAGAGAGCCUCAGCCUAGCACAGCACCACAGCUAGACCUGACCCAGUCCAUCACUCCAGCAGAAUGAUCACCAAACAUCACAUCUAACUGCAGGCAGGCAAGCAAUAAUAAUCACCAUUCUUCCCACUGCAUUGAAUGAGACUUCUUGUAGACUGGAACUAAGAACUGUUGGUGGAGAGUCCUGCGCACCUGUUACCUCCAAGGAGUGCAAGAUGAUCCCACCAGGGGACUGCAUGUACGCCGGGAGGAAGCGGAGGAAGCCCAUCCAGAAGCACAGAAAGCCGGCCCCGGUGACGGAGAAAUCCAACCCGUCAAAACGACACAGAGAUCGUCUGAACGCUGAGCUGGAUCGGCUGGCCAGUCUGCUGCCUUUCUCCCCUGAAAUCAUCUCCAAACUGGACAAACUGUCUGUGCUGCGUCUCAGCGUCAGUUACCUACGCGUCAAGAGCUUCUUCCAUGCCAGCCAGGAGAAGCUGUCUCGGAGGCACGUCAGCUCCUCAUCAGUUCAGGAGGUCAGGAAGGAGAGUGCCUCACCCAAACCCUGUGUCCCAGAGAGUGAGCUCCUGCUGGAGUCCCUCGCUGGUUUUGCUCUGGUUGUGAGCAGUGAUGGGAUGGUGUUCUACUCUUCAUCCACUAUAGUGGACUAUCUGGGCUUCCAUCAGACUGAUGUGAUGCACCAGAACAUCUUUGACUACAUCCAUGUAGACGACAGACAGGAGUUCAGGCAGCAGCUCCACUGGGCCAUGAACCCUUCACAUCAGAUGGCGUCUGAUCACCUCCAGGCCACGGGAACCAGUGAAGAUUUCGUGGUCAGCAGCUUAUUCCACUCUCAGGAGGCGAGUGGCAUUUCUCCAGAGUUCUCUCCCUUCCUUAAUCGCUGCUUCAUCUCAAGAGUGCGUUGCCUACUGGACAGCACCUCAGGAUUCCUUACAAUGCAGUUUCAGGGGCGUCUGAAGUUCUUGCACGGCCAAAAGAAGAAGACCGCAUCAGGCACCCCCCUGCCACCACAGCUGGCCCUGUUCUGUGUGGCUGUGCCUCUGCUUUUACCCUCCAUCACUGAGAUGAAGAUGAAGAGCAUGAUGAUGAGGGGCAAGCACAAAACCACCGGCAUGAACGUGAUCACGGCAUUAGAUCAUCGAGAGGAGCACUUACGACGACAGCCAGUGGUGAAUGAAGGUGGAGACCCACUUUACCUGAACUGUUCCACUCCUGGACCACGCCACCAUACCCCCUGGUCACCUCUCUCCAAAAACAGCUUCAAAUACAAAACUGAGGACUACUACAGCCAGGAGGAGCCUCUCAACUACUGCAAGUCCUCUGCUAGUGGACUUAAAGUCCCUCACGUGGAAAACAUGUGGCCCAUGAGAAACUCCUGUGGGUCUGUCCGCACAGGUCAUGGCGUAAACGUGUUGCCCGGUGGUAAACUAGGCAAAUACAGUCACUAUGGGAAGCCCUACAGAAUGUCCCCAGGAUAUCACAACAACAGGGCAGACCUCUGUGUUCCAAAGCUUUACGGAAGUCUUCCACAGCCUGGAGAAGUGGACGGGUAUUAUGUGGAGAGCAUCAAGAGCGAAAAUGGCUGUUAUGAAGAACAAGGCUAUGACGAACAUCUAAUGGCGGAGUUGCCGAUUAAGGUAGAACAGGACUCAGACUCUGAAAAUGGCUGUGAUGUCUAUGGCAGGCCUUGGACAGCCAGAGAACGUUACCCAAGCUCUUACGAUGGUCUCCAGAUGAAAGCAGAGAGCGGCUACUAUGAACAGUACUCGCCCUGCCAGAGGAGCAAGGGGGGUAACGGACAGCCGUACAGCAGCCACUAUCAGAACGUCUGCAGUGUGACUGCACGACCAAUGAAGUGUGUGCUCAAUAAAGAUCUAGAGCCUCUCAGCCCCCAGAAACUGGGACACACAGACCCCCUCUGCAGUAGUCAGAGUGCUAACUGCAUGGACAGCUACAGUGGUGGGCCCGUAGAGCACAAGGGCUACAUGCAGCAGGAUUACAAACUUGGCUAUGAGUUCAAAGGACAAGGACUGCUUCACUCCAUCAAGCGCGAGCCCAUGGACUCUCCACCCUGGCAUGAUGGCAAACAUGAUCACAUGGGAGUGCAGAGGAAUAUCAUGUCAAAUUGCAUAAUGAAUGCUGGGCAGCCCAAAGCUAAUCCAUAUAUCUUUAUGCAAUAGUGCAGAAGUAUUUGAAGUUACAGGCCUUACGGUCUGGGUAGUCUAGAAUUUUCUUAUGCCCUUUAUCUAAGGUUCAGGUGUAAAGACGAUGUGGUGUCAAUGGCCUGUCCAUGCUUUGCAAACCAAAAUUGGAGCUUUUGUGGUGUAUUUAAGCUAAUGUAAGCAGGGUUGUUGUUGUAAUUUCCAGUCUUGUAGCCUCACUUUCCUCUGCCUUGGGGCAGAUGCUCUAUGUUGAUCAGGGCCGAUUCUACUAGGAUCAGAGGUUUAGGGGUGCUGAGCACCCAAUAAAACCUAUCCACACCCUCCCUCCCUAAAAACAACUGUAAAUUAAUUUGAAGAGAGUUCCCAGGUGGGGUGAGGGUCUCAUAUCAGAAGUAAUAAAAUAAUUUACAUUUAAAUUAGACACACACACAAACUAUUAUACAGAGGGGACGUUCAUUUUAAACAUCUUUAUUUUCAGCACAUAAGAAGAUAAAACUGUAUUGUGUGUACAUUAAAAAAAAAAUCUCCCACAGCUGCAUUCUCCACCAUUUAGUCUAAUUUAAUUAGCUAAAAGCUGAAAGCUACUCAAAUAUACUCAGUAUAGAUAACAAUAAUUAGCUGAUACACAUACAGCCAGUACUAGUCUAGCACCUCACCUUUACUAUAAACACAACAACCAAUGACCAACAGCAUCAAUCCAAUCUUACCAGUUUAAACAGUGUCUAAUUAUCAGCCUGCAGCAUUAAUUUUUUCGGUACUAAAUAUAAAAAAGCGUUAAACAACAGUAGCACAAAAGAGUGCAGUUUAAUUUUGUAUGCCUGUGUGCAUAUGUGUGCGUGUGCCCAGUGUGCAGUAGCACAGAGAGAAAGUAAUUGUAUAUUCUUUAAUAUAUUUUUUUUAGUAAAUUCUGUUUAUGAUGUACUUUUUUUUAGAUUUGAACAUUUUAGCUUAGCAGAGAGACAAACAUCUGCUUAAAAAUCAAACAAAAACAAAUUUAUGCUUUGUGUUUAUCUUUUAUGGGUACUUGGGUUGCUUAAGAGCCCUUAAAAAAGGGCUAGUGAUGCCCCUGGGGGUGAUCAUCUUACCAACCUCAGAACUUUAGAAAAGAGCUUGUGCUAUGAUCCACCUUAUUACAUGCUGCCUAAAUCAUUGCGCUUAGAGUAUCAUGGAGUAGCAUCAUAGCCGUGGAGGAAUCGGAGGAAAGUGAAGCAACUCUGUUCUGAUACAUUAGCUCACAGACGCCUUGUGCCGAUCAACAUCACCCUUUAGAGUGAGGUAGGAAGAAAGAGCGCCAUCUACCCACCCAGAGAGAGCAAGACCAACAGUGCUCUCUCAAGGCUCCGGUAGCCGAUGGCAAGCUACAUGAACAGGAUUCGAACCAGUAAAUAUCCUGAUCAUAGUUGCAGCACUAAGCCUGCUAGACCACUCGGAGCCCACAUCACACUUUUCUAAAUAGACCAAUAGAAAUGUCCAAAAAAGACUUGAAACAAAAUCAGUUAACAUUGACUUCUGUUGAAAGAGAAGAAGGUAUUAAUAGAAGUUUUUGCAUGACAGCGACAAUUUGUGACUUAAAACAAAGCGUGUUACCAUUUCUCAUUUAAACUGAAGAUGAACUUACCUGACAACAGCUGCAAGGAAAGAUCAAAUAUGUGAGCAAAGCAUGGAUGGGUCAAUGAACUGCAGUUUCGAAAUACAAAACUAGAUUUGAAAUUGAAGCGCAAAUCUGAAUACCUCUGCACUAAUGCAUGCUUGUCUGUUACAGUGAAGACGAAGUUUGGGUUUAACCAAAGGUAUACCACAACAGCAUUUAAAAUGUGUGUUUUUUAAACAACCUUUAAACUGUAUUCACAUCUAAAGCAAUAUUUCCAGCAUCCCAUUUUAACACAGACAAGCAUACAGAGCUAAGCCAUCUAUACGCACACAAUCUUUACAUUUCAGGACACGGCUCAGGGGCAGGGAUAUGUUGUGAUUUUGUGGUAAAAAAAGAAUGAGCAUCAAGCUUUCUGGUAUUGUAAGGAGUUUCUCAUGUAUUUUUAUUUUAAAGCACUUUUGAUAGAAUGAUAUUCUAAUACGUUUCUGACCCUCACAUGAUAUCUGUGUUGGUGAUUGUGUAAAAAAAGUAAAACUUGUUUGGUUCUUGAAACAUGACAAAACACUGUGAUGUGGAGAAAUGUCAUGCAAAGGUUUUACACUAUUUACCUGUUCAUUUUUGUGCUGCAUGCUCUGUUUUAAAUGGUGUUUUAAAUGUUUUAGAUCAGCUUUAAAGGUACUAAAAUUAUUAUUUUUAAUAAUUUUCCAAUUGCAAUUUUUUAAGAAAGAAGUUCUUUGCUCACUGUAUAUAACCUACACACAGGGUAAGUGCAGAAUUAAAUAAAAAAAAAAACAUUUGUACACUGAUUGUCUCAACUAAAGGCUCAUGUAUGCUCAAUGUUAAACACGGAUUCAAAUACGGAGGAGAUUUCUGUCCAUAAUAGGACAAAGGAUGGAUGGAUAGAAAGCUCCAUUUAUUGAUACCAAAGGAAAUUUUUAAUAAAGCUCUUGCAACUGCAGCACAAAAGCUGUUUGCUUUUUUUAAUGAAUUCUGCUAAGGAGGCUUCUUUCUUCACCAUUUUUGCACAAUUCACAGUGGUAUGAAAAAGUUUGGGUACCCCUGAUCAUUUUCAUGAUUUUUCUUUAAAAAUCAUUGGUUGUUCUGAUCAGCAAUUUCAAUUAAAUAUAUCAUAUAGCAGAAGAACACAGUGAUAUUUGAGAAGUGAAAUUAAGUUUAUAGGAUUUACAAAAAGUGUGCAAUAAUAAUUUAAACUAAAUUAGACAGGUGCAUACAUUUAGGCACCCUAACAGAAAAAUUACAUAAACUUCAGCAUUCUUACUGAUUCUUGAUCAUUGUUCACAGGAAUCAGCUGAUAUUGACUGGGAAACUUUAACAAGAUUCCCAGUACCUGCACUCUCCACACAGCCCCACAGCAUGAUGGAACAUAGGACGUAACAAGUAUGAAGGACAUAGACAUGUAUGAGGGCAGUUACGAUGUUUAUAACAAUGUUAAAAAAAAUCGUACACAAAGGGAGCAUAAAUGAGCCUUAACCCUCCACAGUUAUAGCAUUGAUUAGAACCCCCCCCCCCCCUCACUUCAUGUGAUUUUCACAGAGCAUGAUUUUCUUUUUCUUUUUAAAGUGUUGUGUUUGCUGCAUUCAUUAAAAGAAAAAUCUUACUAAACUUGCACUACGUGGACUGGUAAAUCUGUAAAGAAGCUAUCUAGACUCAAUGUUUAAUCAAUAUGCACAAAUGUAAAAGCUUUCCCUUUCUAACUCUUGUAUUUUUGCAGUUUUUUAUAUUGUAAAUUUGAUACCCAACAAUUUGUAUGUAUUUGUCUUAUCUGAACUAUUAGGGCCUGUUGCAGGAAGGUUAUGAGAAGACGCUUUACCCCCUACCUAUUUAGAAAUAUGCAAACUAGAGUGACACGUAACGUCUUUGGGAGACUGUAGCUGCAAAGCAGCGACUUUUAAACUGCAUGUUCUCACUCAUUUUUUUCUAUCUUGUAUUUGUCAAAAUUGAAACGAUGCAAUAAAAGGAUUGCACACAAAAA